GAUCUCUGCCUGACGAUGUCUUCCAUUAAGAUUGAGUGUGUUUUGCAGGAGAACUGCUGGUGUGGUGAGUCUCCAGUGUGGGAAGAAGUGUCCAACUGUCUGCUCUUCAUAGAUAUUCCUGCCAGAAAGGUGUGCCGGUGGGAUUCACUUACCAAGCAAGUGCAGCGAGUGACCGUGGAUGCCCCAGUCAGCUCUGUGGCCCUUCGCCAGUCAGGUGGCUAUGUCACCACAGUUGGAACAAAGUUCUGUGCUUUGAACUGGGAAUAUAAGUCAGCAGUUGUUCUGGCCACAGUGGAUAAAGAUAAGAAGAACAAUCGGUUCAAUGAUGGGAAGGUGGAUCCCUCUGGGAGAUAUGUUUCCGGUACCAUGGCUGAGGAAACAGCCCCAGCAGUUCUUGAACGGCACCAAGGUUCCCUGUACUCUCUCUUUCCUGACCACCAUGUGAAAAAGUACUUUGACCAAGUGGACAUCUCCAAUGGUUUGGAUUGGUCCCUAGACCACAAAAUCUUCUAUUACAUCGACAGCCUAUCCUACUCUGUGGAUGCCUUUGACUAUGACCUGCAGACAGGACAAAUAUUGAACCGCAGAAGUGUUUACAAGCUGGAGAAAGAAGAACAAAUCCCAGAUGGAAUGUGUAUUGACACUGAGGGGAAGCUCUGGGUGGCCUGUUACAAUGGAGGAAGAGUGAUUCGUUUAGAUCCUGAAACAGGGAAAAGACUCCAAACUGUGAAGUUGCCUGUUGAUAAAACAACUUCAUGCUGCUUCGGAGGGAAGGAUUACUCUGAAAUGUAUGUGACCUGUGCACGGGACGGAAUUGAUCCUGAGGGUCUCUUGAGGCAGCCUGAAGCUGGUGGAAUUUUCAAGAUAACUGGCCUGGGGGUCAAAGGAAUUCCCCCCUAUCCCUAUGCAGGAUAACUAACAGGCCUUCUUGCUUGCUGGAGGAACUUUUGAAGACAACUAGAGUUCUGGGGCUGAAAUGUCAAUCUAGUUAGAAAAAUGAAGCAAUGAUAUUAUCAACAGGCUUACAUUUUAAUUUACAAUUUUUUAAAGAUAGAGCAUUUUUAACAAGGGGUGACACGUGGUUCUGUUAAGAUACUAUAAGGCCUUCUGCAAAAGGUGCUAUAGAAAUGCGAAGAAAUGUUUAACUGUCAGCUAGCCUCUUGACUCUACAAAUUGCUUGGGGGAAAGGGACCAGAUCUGUUCUUUAUUCUGCAUUCCAUAAUUACUAUACCUAAAACUUUAAAAAAAUGAAUAAAUAGUAACCUGGUAAUAAUUUAGUACUAUUAUAUUCCCCUUUAUUUUCAUCCUAGUCUAGUAAAAUAUACUGUGAUGUUAAUUCACUUCGAUAUUACUCUUCCUAUAUGUUAUUUUACAAAUUAAAAUACUGCUGAAGGUUAAGAAUUAAGCACUGGCAAAAUCCAUUGUUCCAGCUGCCUCCUAUUAGAUAUAAAAACAGUAUAUCACUUUGGAAAUAAUACUUUUUUAAGAAAAGCUUUAUUGAGGUAUGAUUGACCUGCACAUAUUUAAAGUGUGCAGUUGGAUGGCUGACAUACAUACACAUUCAUGAAACCCAACAGCACAAUCAAGAUACUGAAUAGAUUCAUUAAACUUUCUUUGUGUUGCUUUGUAAUCCUUUUCUUCUGCCCCUCUGCACCACCACCCCCAUCCCUAGGAAACCACUGGUAUGUUUUCUGUCACUAUAAAUUACAUUGCAUUUUCUAAAAUUUUAUAUAAAUAGAAUCACAGUAUGCACUUUUUGUCUAGCUUCCUUCACUUGAUAUAAUUAUUUUGAGAUUCAUCUAUGUUACUGCAUUUAUCAAUAGUUCAUUCCUUCUUAUUGCAAAAUAGUGUUCCACUGUAUGGCUAUAUUCCAAUUUGUUUAUACAUUGACAUAUUGAUGGACUUUUGAACCAUUUACAGUUUUUUGCUAUUACAAAUAAAGCUGCUAUGAACAUUCAUGUA